GCACGGACUGGGGCGCAGGCAGGGAUGGUGGCUUGAAGCGUGCCGUCCCUUCCGCGCCGCCCGCCCUCCAAGCUCUGGCCCCACAGGUGUUUCCAGGGGCCUUCCAAGGGCCAGACCCAGAGCCGAGCGUUGGCGACAAGAGUGGGGCCGGGAUCCAAGCCCCGCCGGCUGCGCACGGGGAAGCUCGGGCCGCGCCGGGCAAUGCGUGCGUCCCCGCCUCGCGCCGCACGCUCGAGACGGCGUCCCUGCCGCGGCCCCGCCCCGGCCCCCGCCUGCCGCCUCCCCUCCCCCGGCUCCGGCGCGCUCUCGCCGGCCGGCUCCAUGGGUAAAGCGGCCGCUCCGUGCCGAGGCGGGGGCUGCGGCGGCCGUUCCCGCGGGCUCUCGUCGCUGUUCGCGGUUGUCCCCUGCCUGUCCUGCCACACGGCGGCGCCGAGCAUGAGCUCCUUCGGGCCCGGCUCCGCGCCAGAGCCCAAGCCUCAGCGCAAGCCACUGCCCCAGCCCGCGGGGGAGCCAGUGGCAGAACAGGUGUCGGAGCCAGUUUCCGAGCCGCCGCCAAGAUUGGAGACUGAGUCCGAGAAGACAUCUGAAUCAAGGCCAGCGUCCACAGGAGCAGUGGAACUGCUGCCGGGGCUGGGGACGGCGUCCACGCCCGGGGAAGAGUUGGGCUCAAGUGGAGGUGCCGGGCUCCUCACCAGGGCCUCAUCAGAGCUACCGGCGCUGGAGCCAGUGGUGGGGAACUUGCCCUUAACCAAAUCCGACUCAGGGUCGCCGCCAGCGUCAAAGACCCCGUCUCUUCUGCGACCUGGACAGGGGAGGACACCUCUUGGGGUUCCAAUGUCAGGGUCUGGUGUGACCUCCACUGUCCCGAUUGCCUUACUACCUCUGGACAGCUUCAAGGGCUGGCUCCUCAAGUGGACCAACUACCUGAAGGGUUACCAGCGCCGCUGGUUCGUGCUCAGCAACGGCCUGCUGUCUUACUACAGAAACCAGGGUGAAAUGGCCCACACCUGCCGGGGCACCAUCAACCUGUCCACUGCGCACUUUGACACGGAGGACUCUUGCGGUAUCGUGCUGAACAGUGGGGCAAGGACCUACCACCUCAAGGCUGGCUCGGAGGCUGAGAGACAGCAAUGGAUCACCGCCCUGGAGCUGGCCAAGGCAAAGGCUGUCCACAUGAUGAGCAGCCACUCAGAUGACUCUGGGGAUGACGACGACGAUACUGCCUCCCCAGCUGACAAGAGUGAGCUACAGUCCACCCUCAAGAGCCUGUCCCUGAAGUUAGAUGACCUCAGCACGUGCAAUGACCUCAUUGCCAAGCACGGCGCCGCGCUCCAGCGCUCCUUGAAUGAGCUGGAUGGCCUCAGGAUCCCCUACGAGAGCAGCGAGAAGCUCAAGGUCGUGAACGAGCGGGCCACCCUCUUCCGCAUCACAUCGAAUGCUAUGAUCAACGCCUGCAGGGACUUCCUGGAACUAGCCGAGACACACAGCCGCAGGUGGCAGCGCGCGCUGCAGUAUGAGCAGGAGCAGCGCACCCACCUGGAGGAGACCAUCGAGCAGCUGGCCGAGCAGCACGACAGCCUCGAGCGGGCCUUCCGCAGCGCCCCCGGCCGCGCCGCCCACCCCGCCAGGAGCCUCAGUGCGGGAAGCCUCUUAGCGUCCAAAGGAGGUGACAGUGAGGAAGAUGAAGAUUCCGAGUACUUCGAUGCCAUGGAAGACUCCCCGUCCUUCAUCACCGUGAUCGCCGAGGCCAAAGAGGACAGAAAAGCUGAGGGUGAGACGACAGGCUUUGCGGACUGGACCUCAUCAGACAAUGUGCUAGACAGCGCCUCACUGGUGCCCAAGGGCACCCCCAAGGUCCAGAGGCGGGCACGCAUCCCUGACAAGCCCAACUACAGCCUCAAUCUCUGGAGCAUCAUGAAGAACUGCAUCGGCCGUGAGCUCUCCAAGAUCCCCAUGCCGGUCAACUUUAACGAGCCCCUGUCCAUGCUGCAGCGGCUGACGGAGGACCUGGAGUACCACCACCUGCUGGACACCGCGGUGCACUGCACCAGCUCCGUGGAGCAGAUGUGCCUGGUGGCCGCCUUCUCCGUGUCCUCCUACUCCACCACCGUACAUCGCAUCGCCAAGCCCUUCAACCCCAUGCUGGGGGAGACCUUCGAGCUGGACCGCCUCGACGACAUGGGCCUGCGCUCCCUGUGCGAGCAGGUGAGCCACCACCCACCAUCGGCGGCACACUAUGUGUUCUCCAAGCAUGGCUGGAGCCUCUGGCAGGAGAUCACCAUCUCCAGCAAGUUCCGAGGGAAAUACCUCUCCAUAAUGCCACUAGGUGCCAUCCACUUAGAAUUCCAGGCCAGUGGGAAUCACUACGUGUGGAGGAAGAGCACCUCAACUGUCCAUAACAUCAUCGUGGGCAAGCUGUGGAUCGACCAGACGGGGGACAUCGAGAUUGUGAACCAUAAGACCAAGGACCACUGCCAGCUGAAGUUCCUGCCCUACAGCUACUUCUCCAAGGAAGGAGCCCGGAAGGUGACAGGAGUGGUGAGUGACAGCCAGGGCAAGGCCCACUACGUGCUGUCAGGGUCGUGGGAUGAACAGAUGGAGUGCGCCAAGAUUGUGCAAAGCGGCCCCAGCAGCCCCAGCUCAGACGGGAGGCAGAAGACAGUGUACCAGACGCUGCCCGCCAAGCUGCUGUGGAAGAAGUACCCACUGCCGGAGAACGCCGAGAACAUGUACUACUUCUCGGCGCUGGCCCUGACCCUCAACGAGCACGAGGAGGGCGUGGCGCCCACCGACAGCCGCCGGCGGCCCGACCAGCGGCUGAUGGAGAAGGGCCGCUGGGACCAGGCCAACGCGGAGAAGCAGCGGCUGGAGGAGCAGCAGCGCUCGUCGCGGCGACGGAGGCUGGAGGCCUGUUCCCGGGGCUGCGGGGCCGAGGAAGCAGAGAAGGAGGCCGACGUGUACGUGCCGCUGUGGUUCGAGAGGAGGCCGGACCCGCUGACCGGGGAGACGGCCUGCAUGUACAAGGGCGGCUACUGGGAGGCCAAGGAAAAGCAGGACUGGCACAUGUGCCCCGACAUCUUCUGAGCGCCCCCCUGCCCUGCAAAAACAGGCGACUGCACGGCUGGGCCACCUUUUCUUUAAUGCACUCAGUUUAGUACCCAACAGCCCAAACCCCACCUUUUUGCUUUGUUUAUUUAUUUUAUCUUUUAAAACUUUUGGGGUUCGCACCGCGGAAGGAGUAAGUGCUUGCCCGGCCCCGGCCCACUGGCUUGGGCGCUCUCGGGACCCCAGCCCCCAGUUACCACUCAGGCAGGCCGCCCGGGCCCUGGGCUGCCCCAGUCACCAGCCCCACCCAGGGAGGAGCCGGCCCCUCCUAGGGAGCUGCUUUUGACUUUUUAGAAAAAUGAUCUCCAUUUCUUUCCAGCCAAGAUAUUUAGUAAAUAUUUUUAGUACAGCACUUAGCAGACACCUUUCUAAGUGUGCUUUCUUGCCAUAGAACUGUCCUGGCAAGAGCACCUUUUUAAGACAUUAGGAAGCCAGCCAGACAGACCCCUCAGAGUCAGAAGCGUUUUGUAGCUCAACCUAGCAACGCAGUGUUUGUAUCUGAGCUGCCUGCCCCCCAGGAGCCCCGGACCUCUCAGAGAAGGGGACCCGCCACCUCCCAGGCCCAGGAGAGCACGGGUGGCAGGCCGAGGGGCAGGCCCCGCAGGUGCUCCCCACCCUGGCCCCAAAUGAGCAAUAAGGACAAACCCUCAGCCUGGGCUGGUGUCCUGGGCCCCAGAGACCCCAGCGCCUUGACCCCAGGUACCUCUAGGGUACCCCAUCUCCACACUCCUUGAACUCUUUACUUACCUGAUUUAUAUAUAUCACAUAUAAAUAGAUAUAUAAUAGGUAUUUUGCUUAAAUUUCUGUGGUAUGUGGAGGUGAAAAAAUGAAGACAGGCGCUCCUGUCUGAGUUUCCUCCUGUCAGCUGUGACCUGCCCUCUCCUUGGACCCCCUCCCAAUGGCUUCUGUCAAUGGUGGCAGGACAGGCCACCAUGGCCAUUGUCCCAGCCCCACUCCAACCCUUCCCACUUCAGUUUGGUCCUAAAAUUAAUCACACGGUUUUUCCUGUUUACUCCAGGACUGGUUUUGAUUUAACAAAAAAAAACUUAAGUGAAACCACCAAUGUACGAAAUGCCUCAGGGUGCCCACCCCAGAGUCAGGGUGGGCAGGGCAGUGCCUCUCCCAGGUGGUGGCAGAGCUGUGCAAUGUACCUCUCCUCAACACUGUGUGAGCAAGCACCUUCUGACUGGGAAUAAAAACACUGACUUUGGAGUUUUCCGUG